CUUUUUUUUUUGUUUGAUUUAAUUUCUAAACUAGGUCUACAAAGAAUAAUCUAUGAGUAAGGGUGUUACCUACUUUGGAGAAGAACGUUCACCUCCUACUCCGGCAACGCGGCCCUUUGCUCCGGCGAUGCAAGCCUAAUACCAGAUCUUGUCCACCGAGGAGAGUUUUGAGAAAAGGAGACAAUGGAGGAGAAAUAGAGGAAGGAGGGUGGUGAAAAGCCUCAUGAUCGGGGCUUCUUGUAGCCUCCGAUCGCUGAGGGAGGUGGACGGUUGUAACCGUCCACCACCAGGCGUUACAAACGCCUGUACCAUGGUGUAAUGGCCCUCUUCCAUUUCCCUUGGAAUGGGGCGGUUAUCACACGAUUAACAUACAAUUGUAGAAGUUUAAUGAAUCUGGCAUUAUUUAUAGUUUACACAAAUAGCACAACAUUUGAGCAAUAAGAUCCCCAAAAUCCCAAACCAUGGCCCCAAACCGCUAACAUCCAAACGGGCAAACCGCAAGGGAUUCGAAAGAGCACAUAUCCUGCCGCUAAAAAUUGUUCAGGAAGCCAAAAAAAAAUAUAAAGUUCAUCUCAGAAACAUAAAACAAGGGGAGAGACGAAUAUUUUAUAUCAGCUGUAAAAAUGCAAACGAUGGAGACAAUAGAGGUAAAUACUGGGAAAGAGGGUUCCUUCCUCCACCAAGAAAGUAAAAAAAAAAUAAAAGGAUAAGGAAGACAGUAGAGGGAGAGAGGAGACUUUUGAGGGUGCUUUCGUCCGUGGAGCUUGUGGACGGCUCAAGAUCGAAGAGGGAUGGAGACAGAUGGAGACACCACCACGGCAGCGAAGUCGAGGCAACCACGGCUUCAAUCUCAUAGAAGGAUAGGAGGGAAGAUGCUGGCAACGACGGCGGGGGAGAAGCCUGUCCGAUAGACGGCGCCGGCGGCAACCGUAGAAGUAAGGGAUGGCAGCGACGGCCGGCCGGAGAACGAACAUUCAAAUCAGCCCAUCCCGGCCCAAAAUCUGGCGGGCCUGGGUCUAAUCUGGGCCCGUAAUCAAUCUAAUGAGACUGUGAGACAGGACCUAUCUUUUUAUGGUCGUGGAAGCAUUUUCUAUAUUUGUCACUAUCAUUAAUGGACUCAUUAUGUGGUCCCAUCUGAGUUUCUCCCUACAAAUCUCGCGCGUCAUCCAUGACCUAACGUUGAGUGCUUGACGAAGGCAAUAGGUUUGGAUUUUCAUCGUAAUGUGCUUCGAGAUUGUUGACUAAUCACUCGGGGGGGCUGUUAUUGAGGCGCUUAAUUGUGGCCGUUGUGAUUUCACAACACGAUGUUGACCUUCGUUAAGAUAAUUAAUCAAUAGAAAGAUAUGAGUGGCAAGGAAAAACAACAAGAGAAAUGGUAUGAAAAAUGAACCACAAGACAAGAACCAAGGCCAACUUCCCCCCUUCGUGACAUUAUCACCUCUUUUUCCUGCACCGGUCUUCGUUGCCAUUAUGACUUGUCCAAAUUGGCCUCCACCUCUCUUGUUAUCUAUCACCUCUUCGUUCUUCUGAUCUUCUGUUACCUGUCCAAUUUCGUCUAUCACAUGAAAUUUGGAAGAUUUCCAAUUUCUUAUACCAUCAAAGGAAUCACCAUGCAUCUCGGCUCGGCUCGUCAUUAGCCUGUUUCUUUUCCUCUCAAAAGGGCUGGCUAAUGCUAUUGACCUUUAAUUUGCAAGGAAAGAAGAAUGACAGUAGCUAAGGAGGCUAGAAAGCUCUCCUCUUCCUUAGUGGUACUCUCUCUACUAUCUGUACUGCUGCCACCAACGUUCACAUGUUCUUCUCUUGUGUCAGCUCUGAACACCAUCACCCAUCUUCCGGGAUUUCAUGGAACCCUGCCCUUCUAUUUGGAAACCGGAUACGUGACGGUGGAUGAAGUGAAUGAUGCGCAGCUUUUCUACUACUUCAUAAAGUCCGAGAGGAAGCCGGAGGAGGAUCCUCUAAUGGUGUGGCUGCCAGGAGGCCCGGGCUGCUCGGCGUUUUCAGGUUUGGUUUUUGAGAUUGGCCCUCUAAAAUUUGACGUUGCCGGGUACACUGAUGGCCUGCCAACCUUGGUCUACAACCCACAUACUUGGACUAAGGUAUGCAGCAUCAUCUUUCUCGAUUCGCCGGUCGGGACUGGAUUCUCCUAUUCGAGUGCGGGGAAAAGCUACGAGACAGGGGACACCAAAGCGGCCCGGCAAGUCCACACUUUCCUUAGAAAGUGGUUUAUUGAUCACCCAGAGUUCCUCUCCAAUCCACUCUAUGUCGGUGGAGAUUCGUAUUCUGGUAUUGUUGUGCCGGUUGUUGCUCAAGAAAUAGCAAAAGGUGAUCAAGAUGGAGAUAAACUUUCUUACAAUCUCAAGGGUUAUCUGGUUGGCAACCCGAUAACAGAUGAGAAGUUUGAUAAAGGAGCGUUUGUCCCAUAUGCGCAUGGGAUGGCAAUUAUAUCUGACGAACUUUAUGAGUCAACCAAGAAAAGUUGUGGAGGAGAAUAUACUAGUCCUAGAAAUGAACAAUGUGCAAACUAUCUGCAGUCUGUAAUUGAGUGUAUUGAGGGAAUAAACUUAUUCCAAAUUUUGGAGCCAGUGUGCUUUGACGUCGUGAGCUUAAAGCCCAGCAUGGUUGCAGCAUAUAGCAGGAGAUUGCUUAAAGAGGAUAUUGAAAAGUUUCCUUUGUUAAAAUCUGACCUUCCUUUGGAGUGUAGAAGUUCUGCAUACUUGCUUUCCUACUUCUGGACAGACAAUGAUACUGUUAGAGAGGCUCUCAAUAUUCGUAAGGGGACAGUGCAACAUUGGCAGAGAUGCAACCAUGACCUACUUUAUACAUACGAUAUCCCAAGUUCUAUAAAGUUUCAUCUGAAUCUGACAAGCAGAGGUUACCGAGCGUUGGUAUACAGUGGUGAUCACGACAUGGGUGUAUCUUUUGUGGGCACGCAAGGAUGGAUUAGAUCUCUCAACUUCUCCAUCGUGGAUGACUGGCGGCCAUGGUCUGUAGAUGGGCAAGUCGCAGGGUUCACGAGGACUUACUCAAAUAACCUGACUUUUGCAACUGUGAAGGGUGCGGGACACACAGCUCCAGAAUACCGGCCAAAAGAGUGCUUGGCUAUGCUUCAAAGGUGGAUUUCUGGCGCCCCUCUGUAACAUGAUUAUCCUCCAUAAUUAACCCCAAAAUCAGCAGUAGCCUGAUUAUAAUCUGCGGGCUUGGGGUCAACUGAUUUUCUAUGGGACAAAAAGUACUUAUAAGGAGUCCCAGAAUUGGAAAGAAGAGCUACCAAGAUUCCAGAGUAAUUCAUCUUCAAAAUUGUGAACCCUUAUGCAUACACCAGCUUCGUUGCAUCUUGAUUGUUUUUCCAAGGAAAGACUGCCAGUAGAAUGGGCAGAAUAGAAGAUUGCCAUUAUCCAACUAUUCAUUAUAAAAAUAAAAAAGCGUCCACUUCUUGGACUA